AUGUCUUCCUCAACGGAGGACCCCAUCUCACAAAUCGACCUCGGGAACACGUUUGGGGCACUCUUUAUUGGGGCCAUCCUUGCAGCAGUUCUCUUUGGUCUAAGUAAUGUUCAAGUUUUCCUCUACUUUCAGACGCACGGGAGCACUGGUAUAACAUUCCAUAAGUUGGUUGUCAUCUGGCUUUGGAUAUUCGAUGCUCUGCACCUGGCCUUGAUCAUCCAUUCUAUCUAUUAUUAUUUGGUGAUCAACUAUGCGAACAUCAGUGCACUUACAGAAAUUGUAUGGAGCUUUAAAUUGCAGAUAGUCAUCGAUGUUAUACUCAUCUAUGGGGCACACGUUAUGUAUGCUUAUCGCAUAUGGAUAGUCAGCAAGGGCCGAUCAAGAACUCUCCCUACCAUAGUGUGUGUAAUCGUGGUACUGGUUUCAGGCCCUGGCAUCGCCGCUGCUUGGAGCAUAUAUCAGUGCCAUGUGUUCACAGAUUUGCUUAGAAUCGAGUGGGCAACAUUUAUGGCUCUCGGAACGAUUACUUGCGUCGAUCUCAUUGUCGCAUCAUCACUAUGCUAUCUCCUCGCUGCCUCUCGUACUGGAUUCUCCAACACCGAUUCUUUCAUAACAAAGCUCAUGGCCUACACGAUUAAUACCGGCUGUCUGACGAGUCUAUUUUCAUUGACAACUAUGAUUACAUGCGCAGUGAUGCCGCGCAACUUCGUCUUUCUCGGUCUUGAAUUUUUAGUGACUAAAUUAUAUGUCAACUCGUUCCUCGCACUCCUGAACGCGCCAUACUACUUGCAGGCUGGCGCGAACACUACCAAUUCUUCCGAAUUUCAUAUGCGCCCCCGCCCGGAACUGCACAUUAAGACGUCGCAAGACGGGGAACUCCAGGCAUCUCGGAAGAACAUGUUUCGAUUUUUCGGCGAUGAAGUGGUGCAUUCUACUCGAUCUGUCAAGCCACAGCAGCCGAUUGAGGUGGCCGUGGAGAUGGAUUCUUUCUCGUCAGCGUGA